CUCCCCUGACUGUCUUCAUUAACUCGAAACUAUUUUUUUUUCAUCAUCCUUUAGAAGACCCUGGCUAUCAUGCGCUUUUACGCUCCAGUCACAGGAGUUGCCGUCACCCUCCCGGCGUCCGUGUGUCGGAGCAGCCACCAUUUAUAGCCCUGGCGGUGAGAAACAAUCUUAUUAUGAGAUUUAAACUUUGCCAGACGGAUCAACAUGCGCUCCCUCUCGCAGUUAUUCCCCGCAACUGAUACAGUAAUACCGAGCCUACCUACACGUCUCACUGUGAUUGUGGUUAAACGCCGGUGUCAGCUCUCGGUGUAAUAGAAGAGAGAGGAGGGGGGAAAGACACAAGCAGGGCUUCAGCAUACAUAAAGGCGAGCAAUGAGAGGAGCUCAGCCCUGAAUUAAAUCGCUCACCGCUAAAUGGAUCUUUGAGACUCUCCUCCUUGAGGCAGGCUGCAGUCGCGUCUCCAAAACAGUCAACUGGGAUUCUUUUUUGUUUUUAUUUUUAUUUUUGUAUUAUUCCUGUUGUUUUGCUUUUGCACCAUCUACCAGAAACAUCUCCUGUGUCUUUGAAUAUGUCUUGUGUUCGUGGUGAGCUACAGUAAGCUGCCAGCUUUGUAUCGGGAAGAGGCGAUCGUUAAGCAGAGUUCAACAAGAAAAAUCGGCGAACAUCUGCACUGCUGGAGGACGCCGGGGAUGCUUUCUCACACUGACGAUUUCAGCCGAGAUUACGGAGGUAAUUCGUCCAUGCACAUGAGAGAGAUGCAGAAAGGAGGGAAGCGGCAAAAACAAUAAGAUGAGACCACUUAAUGAUGGUUGCCUCUAAGAGAAAAAGCACAAGCCGAGCUGAGGUGGUGAAAGCUCUUGUAAGCAUCUCCACAAGUUCACCGCAGGCAAAUCACAGUGAAAGAGAAUAAAGGCAAGAGACUCCACAUUUUUUUCUGAUUGGUACAUGGGGACAAUAUCCACCAUUAUACACCCAUCAAUGAAGAGGAGGCAAAUAAAAGGAUUGUUUCUGGCUCUGAGAACAGUUGAACAUCCAGCUGCUUCUCUGACAGGAUCAUCUGAGCUGUAUUGAAACCACAGCGGUAUCACCCCUCCUUUCCUUUUUUUUGGCCCUUCACAUGACUCUCAGAGAAGCACCAAUGGCCUGCAGCUUAGGCAUGGUGAUGAGUGCCUUGUUUUGGUCUGUAGCCAUUGUAUAUUUCACUCAUAUUGGCAGAGUCAACGGAGACUGCUGGUUAAUUGAGGGUGAAAAGGGCUUUGUAUGGCUUGCGAUUUGUAGCCAAAACCAACCACCUUAUGAGGCCAUUCCACAGCAUAUCAACAGCACCAUCGUCGACCUUCGUCUGAAUGAAAACAAAAUCAAAAGCAUCCAUUAUUCUGCCCUUAGUCGCUUUGCCAACUUGACCUACCUGAAUCUGACCAAGAAUGAAAUCUCCUACAUAGACGACGGGGCCUUUUCUGCUCAGUUUAACUUACAAGUCCUCCAAAUGGGCUUCAACAAGUUGCGGAACCUGACGGAGGGGAUCCUCAGGGGUUUAGGAAAGCUGCAGUACCUCUACCUCCAGGCUAACCUGAUUGAGACUGUGACACCUAAUGCCUUUUGGGAGUGCCCCAACAUUGAGAAUAUUGACCUCUCCAUGAACCGAAUCCAGCAGUUAGAUGGGUCCACGUUUACCAGUUUAACUAAACUCACCACCUGCGAGCUGUACACCAACCCCUUCAACUGCUCGUGCGAACUUCUUGGUUUUGUGAAAUGGCUCUCAGUUUUCCCAAACAGGACGAAUGAGCGGAUGGUGUGCGACUCCCCAUCUGGCGUGUCUGGCUAUAGUUUACUGAGUCAGAACCCCAACAAUCCCACAUUUCGAAAUGCGCUUCACAUGCUCACCACUGUGUGCACCGAUGACUAUGUGACGCCUUUUGUUACCGUGUCGAUGGAGUCCACAACGCCACCAUCAGACUCAACACUCUGCGGGAUGGACGAUUGUCCCUCAGGCGCAGGACCGGAGGAGAUUCCAGUCAGUACAACUGAACUCCCUCAAGUAUUCCCUUUGAUGGAAGUGAAGCAAAUAACAAACACCGGUGUCACCAUCACGGUUAAGAUUCCUAAUCCCUACAAGAAGAUGUACAUCCUGGUUCUUUACAACAACAGCUUUUUCACGGAUAUUCAAAACCUGAAAGAAUUAAAGGAGGACAUUGAUCUAAAAGACCUUAAACCUCACACUAACUACACAUACUGUGUUGCUUCGAUACGUAACUCCCUCAGACAAAACCACACUUGUCUUACGGUUUCAACUGGCCCAAGGAAUGGAAACAGUCGAGUCGCAAACAACGCAACUGCUACUCACUACAUCAUGACAAUUUUAGGCUGCCUCUUUAGCAUGGUCAUUUUUCUGGGGGUUGUUUACUACUGCUUGCGGCGAAAGCGUCAGCAAGAUGAAAAGCACAAAAAAGCAGGUAGUCUAAAGAAAAAUAUAAUGGAGCUCAAAUAUGGACAAGAACUAGAGGGUGGGACUAUUUCUCGAAUGUCACAGAAACAGUUGCUGGCUGGGGAGAGCAUGUCACGAAUGCCAUAUUUGCCAUCUGCAGGUGAAAUGGAGCAGUACAAAUUCCAAGAGAUAAGCGACACUCCGAAAAUGUUGAAGGGAAAUUACAUGGAGGUGCGAAGUGUGGACCAUCACGAGCGCAGGGAGUGCGAUAUGGGAAUGGCAGGGAAUAGCCAGGGGUCAGUGGCGGAGAUUUCCACCAUUGCAAAAGAGGUGGAUAAAGUAAAUCAGAUAAUUAACAACUGCAUAGAUGCUCUAAAGUCAGAAUCCACUUCCUUUCAAGGGGUGAAAUCAGGAGCAGUGUCCACUGCGGAGCCCCAGCUUGUGCUAAUAUCAGAACACCCACAGAGUAAAUCCGGCCUUCUGUCUCCUGUGUACAAAGACAGCUACCACCACUCUCUGCAGAGGCAUCGAUCCUCUGAUGUCUCACCAAAGAGGCCCAGCACUGCCACAGGAGGGCCCAUGCGAAGCCCCAGGCCUUACCGCUCCGAAUCCAAGUACAUAGAGAAAACCUCCCCCACAGGAGAGACCCUCCUCACUGUAACACCCGCUGCCGCCAUCCUGAGGGCCGAGGCAGAGAAGAUCCGUCAGUACAGCGACCACCGGCACUCGUAUCCCGACGCUCAGAUAGAGGAGCUCGAAGGACCCGACAGCCACAAGUCCUCCAUGCUGGAGCCUCUCACUCACUCGCGCUCCAGAGACUUAGCAUAUUCCCAGAUGUCAUCGCAGUAUCACAAUCUAAGCUACUCGUCCAGCCCCGAAUACUACUGCAAACCUUCUCACAGCAUCUGGGAGCGCUUCAAGCUCCACCGGAAGCGGCAUAAAGAUGAGGAGUACAUGGCGGCGGGGCACGCGCUGCGUAAGAAAGUCCAGUUUGCAAAGGAUGAGGACCUGCAUGAUAUUUUAGACUACUGGAAAGGUGUAUCAGCCCAACAUAAAACCUAACCUAUUUAGGUGUUUUUAAAAUGGACCACACAUUGCAGAAAUGACACAAGAACCUCAUCUGACAAGCGAAUCAAUGGAUACUUCCAUAUUAUAAUCAACUCUUCACGUGUAUCACAUUCUCUUUUGACUGUGGAAAAUGGGGUAAAGAUUCGUUCAAUUUGUCAUAUUAUGUAAAGCAUUCAUCGGGAAAAAAUAUAUUGCAAAUUAAUAAUAUAUAUGUUACAAUGGAUAAUAGGUUUUUGGGUAUCGCAUGGCCAAGUCCUGUGACAGUGGAUUUGCUGUUGUGUCAUAUGAAACUAUUAUAUGAAGAUAUGUCUACUGAAACCUCAAUAUUUUUUGAAGAACUAUCUGGACCCUUCAUUCAAAAAGAACUUUUUUUUCUUCCUUCCCUGCAUAUAUUUAAUUCCAAACUAUGUACAGAUAUGGGUUUCUAUAUUUGCAAUGUUUGCUGUGUAAAUGGAAAAGUAUUAGUGGAUGAAAUCAGGUUUAAUGAAACGGACCGCUGUUCAUUUAGACAAUCGUGUUGCUAAAGAACAGCCACUUUAUGACCUGUCAGAACAUUUGUCAUUCUCAACCGUCACCGCCUGUUUCUUUUUUGCUUCCUUUUCUUACUUUUAAAGCUUUUUACACGAUUCAGACGGAUUCAGUUUUCAAUCCCCUGAAUCACAGCGCUCACCGGAUGGAUCCUGAAAGACUUCAUGCUGGCAAAAAAUUGCAGUAACCUGGAGAUCAUGCUGUACUGGAGGUCUCUGUCAUCAGUUUCAUGACCCAUCGUUUAGUACCAAAGUAGAAAAAGCUGAAAUGUUUACAAUAUUUCUGCACAGUCUGGAGAUGGUAUGAGCAUACAGCAGUAGGUCCAUAUUCUUUUUCUUUUUUUAAAAUGCUAUUUUGAUUGUUACUCCUUCAAAAGAGAUAACAUUGGGAAAUAUCUACACACAGAAUAUGGUAAGAAAGCCUACUAUUAGUUACUUCAAAGGAAAGGCAACUGUACUUUGUCGCCUGUUAUUUACGUACACAGACAGAUGUUCUACCCUGCAGGAGAGCCCGAUGGAUGAAUGUAACAGAUACAUAUUCUGGUCUGUCUAUGGCAGCUUUUAUGUAUAUUUUCAAGGAAAUAGUUAUUUAAAUGCUCUUAACGACUGUGUUUUUUUCCCCCUUUGCUUCAAUAUUUCUUCCAGUGUAUUAUAUUGCAUAAUGUCUGAUCCAAUAAAUGGAGGAAAGUAGUUUGUUAUUCAGAUGGGCCUUGUUGCUUGCUGAGAGGUUUCAUUUGUUUUUUGUUUUUUUUUAAACUGCUAGGCUGUUCGAUCUUUUUGUAUAUUAUGGAAGCUACGUACCAGGCGAAAUAUCAACAUGCUAGAGUAAAAUUUGAGAAUGUGAAACUGAAUCCUCUGACUUACUGGCUGUGAAUUUGUAUAUCAUGAAAAAUAAUUUUUUGGAGUAAAUAUAAGACUUAACGCUUUUUUCUUUGUAAGAUGUUUGUAUAAUUUAUUCCAAAACAGGCUCAUGAUGACUCAUUGCAUAUUUAUGAACGAGUAAUAAAUAUGUACUUUUGCUCUCUUUGCUCAUCUGAGGAAUUGUUAUGAUGUAACUCUAAUGUGCCGUCAAUGCAGGAUUUGGGUUGAUUAAAAAGCAGAGAACGCGUCUUUGUGGUUACACACUUCAACGUCACGCCAGUCAUUUUAACCCUUGCACACAGAAGCAAGUAUUAGUAUUUUUUUUUACAUGUGCAUUCAAAUUUGACGCAAAUGGUACCUAAAUUUCCAUAAAAUUUGCAAAUUAGUGCACAUAUCCACAACUGCCAUGUGAUUACUAGAUGUCUGUUCAUGAAGAUGAACAUUUGGUGGCGCUAAUUGUCUGGUUGGGUGCCAUUAAACCAGUGUAGAAGAAGAGGACACAAGAUGACAUGAUUAAAAGAAAUGAAAGAAAGCAAUGCAGAAACGGUUUCCAGUUAUGGUAACAUGGCAUCUACGUUUGGUUUAUGUAUCCAUUUGGGGAAUGUUAAAGUCUUAUCAUGCCUCCAAACAAAUCUGUCCAAAUGCUUGUUUCAAAUCUCUUCAUUUGACAAACGCCACAUGCUUCGUGAUUAAUUCACUACACCUGUUUCCGAUGCACUUUUACCUCACCGGCCUUCCCGCUCUCUCGUGUAUUCCAUUUAAAUAAAACCAAUUAACUCUUAGUUUUCCUGGAUUCAAGUGCAAUCCUCAAGUAACUUUGUCCCAAAUCUGCGGUGGUUUGCACUAAACAGUGUCUCCAAGGGACAGACGAUGCUCCAGCUAAAAUAGUUUCUGGAUUUUCCUCCGUAAGCCUGGGCAAACCGAUUGUUUUCAUUGUACUUCCUGCUGAAUUUUACUAAAGAAACCCCACCUGCCACUCCACCUGCACCUCUUAUUUCAGCGGCUAAAGAAAGCGAGACUAGUGACAUCUGCCAUUUAAGUAUUACAUCAGUGGAAUGAAAAAAAAACAUGAAAGCAGGGUAGGCACUCUUAUGUAUGCUGUGUGUGUGUUACGGUGAGCAAUCUGAUAGCAGAGCUGACCUGAGGAAAUGACAUUUUUCUGUCAGCUCUUUUGCUUCCCAUUAGACAUUGAGUAUGUAAAUAUGGCUGCAGGUGUUUACUAGUCCAUUUGCAUUUUUUCUGUGUCGUUAUGCUGUGUCCAUCUCAUGUAAGUGUGUCACCACGCCGUUCUGAUUCAUUAAUGUGAAAUGAAGCAUUCAUGAGCCUGAUGUGAAUGUCUUAUGUAAACAUCUUGUAAAGUGUUAACUGGGUUGUCUGACUUAAUAUUUCAACCGCCUUAAGAUUUUGGGAUAUGUGUACAAGUGUAAAUCUCCUUUUCUUUUUUUUUUUGGUUUGAUUUCCAAUGUUGAUACUGUUGUUGAGUCUCCAUUUGUUAUUUUUUAUAAAAAAGCAUUUCAGUAUCUUCUGAGAGCUGUCAGGUUUCUAGUUCAUUUAGCUAUUUAGCGACAUGUUUUUUAUACUGCAUAUUGUAGCACUUAUGUGUCUAAUAAGAGUUUAAAGUGUCGAGAAAUCCUUUAGAGAGAUCAACAGUUGUUGUUCAAGUGCAUCAAAAACAAACAAGAGCACAAAAAUGUGUGUUUUAUUUUGUUUUGGUUUUUUUUAAAUUUAAUUUCUUAAUACUAUGUUAUCUGCUUUCAGACAAAGUACUGUGAAAUAAAGUUAAGGGUGCACAUAUGGUA